AUGACGCUAGUCUGUUUCACCAACCCCUGGGGCUUCGUCGACAACAGUCGUGACGAGCGCAACAUGCUCAAAAGUUGGCGAGAGGGAUUAGUCUUCUUCGGGUUUGCAGGUCGUUUCCGCUUCUUUCGGGAUGUGAUUCUGAAAGGCUCGCUGGGUAAAUAUUUUCUACCAGAGACAAGCGAUGACAACGGCAUGGGAUACUUGAUGAGGCAAGCAGACAGGGAGGUCUCUGGUCGGGAGCAGCGCAUGUCGCAAGAGGACUUUUCCCAGGAAAGACCAGACUUUUUGCAACUGUGCCUCGAGGCACGGAUGGACGGAAAGCCAUUGACGGCGAUGCAGAAGCGCGCGCACGUAACGCUGCUCAUUCAAGCCGGCGCGGAUACGACCGGAACGGCGCUCGGCAGUACCAUCCGAUUCCUUCUGACCCAUCCGGCCGUGUUCGCACGCGUAAGAGCCGAGUUGGCAGCUGCCGCCGACGCCAAACUUCUCAGCACACCCAUUCAAUUCGAAGAGACAAGGGCACACUUGCCCUACUUUGUGGCAUGUAUCAAGGAGUCUCUGAGACUUCACCCGCCCGCGACGAACUUGUUCGGCAGAGUGGCGCCGUCCCCGGAUGGUAAAGUCGUGGACGGUACCUGGGUACCCGCUGGCGCAGAAAUCACGAGCAAUUCGUACGUCGUUCAACGGGACCCUCAUCUGUAUGCCCCGGACCCAGAGGUAUAUCGACCAGAGCGGUGGCUUGAGGACGAGGGAAAUUCCAAGGAGCAUAUCAGCGAGAUGGAUGCUUCUGCUUUUGUGUUUGGCGUUGGGCCUAGAGUCUGUCUAGGAAAAGACCUUGCCAUCAUGGAGUUGUACAAGUUGCUCCCAGAGACUUUUCGGCAGUUUGACUUUGAUAUGAAGGAAGAGGGAGAGUUUGUGGUUGUCGGGGGUAUUGCCUACAACGAACGGCAUCUGGUUGCCACGGCCAAGUUAAUUCCUGAGACGACGAUAAUCAGUGUCUACAAUACCGUGUUACAAGUUACAGGCACCAUGGAUUAUUCGUUACAGAACCACCGCUCCUUCAUUGGCUCCAAGGUCACUGACCUGCCUACGCCCUCUUUUGUUCUCAGCUUGCCAACCAUCAAGAAGAAUAUUGAGAGGCUGCAUCAGGAUGUCGAGAAGGCCGGAGUCACACUUAGACCUCAUGUUAAGACCCUCAAGAGUCUGGAAGUCACGCGGUUGAUGCUGGGAAAUGGCAAGUACAAGAGAGUUGUGGCAUCAACACUGUCAGAAAUCCGUGGAUUAUUGCCAUUAGCAGAAGAGGGCAUUCUCGAGGAGGUUCUGUAUGGGCUGCCGCCUCCAGCAAGCACCAUCCAUCUGCUGGAAGAUCUACGAAAGUCCACCAACGUCCAGCUCAUGAUCGACCAUGAGAAGCAGCUCAUAAUCGUAGAGAAGUUUGUCGCCAAGAACACGGAAAGCACAAUCAAACCCUGGGACAUCUACAUCAAGCUCGAUGUGGGUAGCAAGCGCGCCGGUCUUCCCCUGGACAGCGAUCGUCUCACAAAGCUGAUUCAACACGUCAACAACUCAUCAGCCGUCACUCUCAAGGGCUUCUACUGCCAUGCAGGCCACUCUUAUGGGUGCCGGACACCACAAGAAGUGGAGGAUCUCCUUACGGUCGAAAUCAACAGUGUCCUGAGCGCUGCGAAGCUGGUUACUGGUGACAGAAAACUCACCCUAUCUGUGGGCGCCACACCGACGGCUCAUGUUGUUGGCACUCUUAAGGCAGCGAUCCCCGAGAACGUCACCUUGGAGUUGCACGCCGGGAACUUCCCAACAAACGAUCUCCAACAGGUCGCAACCAGCGUCAUUGGAGCCGAAGACCAGGCCAUCCGCGUCCUCUCCGAAGUCUGCAGCGUGUACCCGGAGCGCAACGAGGCUCUCAUCAACGCCGGGACAAUCGCCUUGUCAAAGGAAGCUGGCCCGGACCCAGGCUACGGCAAGGUUGUCGGCAAGCCUGACUGGGCCGUUGUCCGAAUGUCUCAGGAACACGGUAUCCUGGGUGAAGUUCAGACACCGGGCUCAAAGACUACUGAGCCGGAGCGCAGAGAUGUGGAAGCGAAUUUCGAUGUUGGCGAUAAGAUGUUCCUCAAUGUCCAGCAUGCCUGCAUAACUGCUGCGGCCUUUUAUGUUUACUACGUUGUAGAUGAGAAUGAUGUUGUGGUAGAUACCUGGGUUCCGUGGAAGGGGUGGUAA